AUGACGACGGUGAACCCCGAGAUUGUCGAUACUUCUCAAGCAGUCGUCAAGCUCGUAGACCAGCUAAUCUCCAGUCACGAAACGCGAGAUGACACGCUUGACCGGCCCAUCAUCCACAUCUCUCUCGAAGGUGUGAGCCUUGGUCGCUCAGGCACAACCUCCAUCAUAACGCUCUUGCUCCACGAAAGCCCUUCAUCGCAGCACACUUACCUCGUCGACGUCCGCACGCUCGGCGCACAGGCUUUCACUACAGCAGGUGCAGACGGAAAGACGCUGAAGCAGAUCCUAGAAAACUCAGACAUUCCCAAGGUCUUCUUCGACGUGCGCAAUGCCUCCGCUGCGCUCUUCGCGCUUUACAACAUCGCCCUUGAGGAAGUACAAGACGUACAACUAAUGGACAGUGCAGCCAGAAAAACCACGGCAAAGCGUAUCUCAUUCCACCGUUCCGAGACUUUACGCAGGGACAGGCACGCGGGCGAGAUCUUGUUUAGAGCUGAAUUCGGUGGAUCGCCCGAAGUGUUCAACCAGCGGCCCCUUCCCGAUGACAUCGUCAAGUACUGUGUGGGCGAGGUCGCAUGUCUUCCGGUGUUGCGCAAUAUGCUUUGGAGGACGAGGACGCAGAAAUGGCGGGACUUUGUGCGCGAUGAGACGGAGAGACGAGUCGCGUAUACUCAUGCGGCCGGUUAUCAGUCCGGUGGGACAGAUCGGGUGUUGGCGCCGUGGAAUGAUGAGCAGAACAAAGUGCUGAACCGGUUCGCGGCUCGCGAUUUUGACGACUGGCUGGAGGACGACGAGGUUGAAGAGGUCGUAGAGUGA